AUGACGAAUAAGACCAUCCAUAGGAACUCGCAAUUCCAGAAGCCCUCCUCUCUACGCCAGACGUGGGAGUCACCCGAUGGAGGAUACCGUAAUGAAAUAGACCACAUCAUCGUCAAUAAAAGGUUCUGCCUGACGGACGUCGCUGUUGCGCCAAAGUUCUAUACGGGAUCGGACCAUCGCCUCCUUCAAGGAAGAUUUUCCUUCACAAGGAGAGCAGAGAAAGCCGCCAAGUUCAGAGGGAGAAAUCCCAGGACUAUCAUCAGCUGGGAUCUCUUCGCUACGCUAGCCGGCUUUUGGGAAGAUUCCGCAAUGGACAACAUCGACGAGGAAUAUGACCGGCUCGUUGAACACCUUCACGACUGCGCAAAGAAGGCUGAGAGUUUUAAAACCACCAAAAGACGCCUGUCUCUUGAAACUCUUGAGCUGAUAUGCCAGCGCGGAGCAGCACGAGCCGCAGGGGAGGCUUUGCAGAGAGGCGAUAAAGGAAGACCUUAA